GGGUACUUUGGGGAUGGGGGUACUGAUUCUUUGCUGCUGUUAAAUUAUCCAAAACGCCAUGGCAGCUAACUUACCUGCCUUAACCCUUUAAGCUAGAGAGCACUUGCAACUAGUGCUAUAAGCAGUAGCACCAUGCCGUAAAUAAGCUUCUAUCUUUGCUUCUUCUAUACUUGCGGUUGCUCUGGUAUAUUUAGACAAGAGAAAGAAUUGAGACGGCUAGAGUCUUGAUUCUCCUUCCCAGAGAGGAGUGACAGGAAUCAAGAAGAGGAAGAUCUGCGAACGUGUUCAAGAUUUAUAGCCAUGGCUUCAAAACUUCUGUUGAUUACAGUCUUCAUCUUCGACCUCAUUGCCUUCACUUUGGCUGUUGCAGCUGAGCAGAGAAGAAGCACUGCUAUAAUCAAACAGGAUUCUGAAAUAAAUUACAAUUACUGUGUAUAUGACUCGGAUAUUGCAACUGGCUAUGGUGUUGGUGCAUUUUUGUUUCUCAUGGCCAGUCAAGCCCUUAUAAUGGUGGCAAGUCAAUGCUUCUGCUGUGGCAAACCUUUGAAUCCUGGAGGUUCAAGGGCCUGGGCAGUUAUCCUCUUCAUUACCUGCUGGGUGUUUUUCUUCAUUGCUGAGGUAUGCUUGUUGGCGGGUUCGGUGAGGAAUGCAUAUCACACCAAGUACAGGACUGUUUUCAGUGACAACCCUCCUGAUUGUCAGACAUUGAGGAAGGGGGUUUUUGGGGCAGGGGCAGCUUUUACUUUCUUCACUGCCAUAGUUUCUGAGUUCUACUAUAUUUUCUACUCCAAGGCCAGAGACAGCUUCCAGACUUUUGGUGGAGAGGUCGGUGUGGGUAUGGGAACCUACAAAUGAGCCUGUUUAAGGUUCUAUAAACAUGUAUAGAGUUGACUUCCUGGACUCUCUGCAUUGAUAUGCCCACUCAAUUGCCUGCCAGUACAUGCAUUUUAUGUAUUAAAGCAUCAAUUUAGUUUGUGGUAGUUGGCGCAUACUCAAAUUAUCUUCAUGAUUUUUUUCCUUAUUCAUCAUGAUGUGAAAUUUGUGGUUUUUCUAUACAUAUCAAUAACCGAAGACUAUCGUUUGCGUA